CCUUGGAUUAAAGGUUACAAAAAUUCAUGAAGCUCUAAAAUUCCAUCAAUCCCCAUGGAUGAAGCCAUAUAUAGAGGAAAAUAUUUGCAAAAGAAAAAUUGCUAAAGCAUCUGGGGAUGAAUUUGGAGUUAUGUACUAUAAAUUAAAAAAUAAUGCCAUCUUUGGUAAGCAAAUGGAAAAUGUCCAAAAACAUAUGAGAGUAGAAUUACUUAAACCUGAUGGGGACAAAAAACUUAAAUGUCUUACCACAUCUCCUUUAUAUGUAGGGCAAGCAAUUCUUGAUAUUAGUAAGGCUAUGAUGUAUAACUUUUGGUAUGGCUAUAUUAAACCCCAUUAUGGAGAAAAGGCCCGCCUUCUUUAUACUGAUACCAAUUCACUAAUUAUGUGGAUUGAAACUGAAGACAUUUAUAAAGACUGGGCAGAGAGGCCAGACCUAUUUGAUCUUAAUAAUUCUGGAGACUUAUUUCUAAUGAAAGAUGAGUUUCUUCCAGUUGGUCAUGAUCCCAAAACGCCAAAAACAGAGGCGGAUUUUGAAAAAGAGUUAGAAGAGAGGGUUGAGAGGGUUGGCAGAGAAAGCAUGGCAUACAAAAGGCCAAGGGCAUUAAAAAAACACUAUGAUCAUCAAAUUUAUUUAGAACGCGUUAACAAAAUAGGGCUAAAUCCUUAUGACAGGGUAAUUCCUGAAGAAGCAGAAAAAAGAGCUAUGAAAUUAACACUCAAACCCGAAUAUCAAUAG